AGAGAAAUCCUACUGAAGCAAAUCUCUGUAGGAGGAGAUAGCAAGGGAGGGGUUGCAAAACCAGCAAUGGCAGCCACUCAUUUCGCUUGGACCUCACUCUGCCUACCGACAUCCUUUCCGGGGAAAUGCGACGUCCACCGGAGCUCCUCUGUCAAGCUUCUCCCGCGGAGAAGAGGAGCUUCAGUCUCGGUAACCGCCAAUUCGUCGGAAUCAUCACCAAAGGUCUCUGAGCAGCCUGUGAUCGAGCUGCAGUUCAUUGGGCCGAAGCCAGAGAGUGAUGGUAGGAGCUAUCCUGUGGAGGAAGCAAGAGCGGUAAGUGGGGAGAAGCUUCUGAGAACCAUCAUGCUCGAUAACAAGCUCGAGCUUUACGCGACGUAUGGGAAGGUAAUGAACUGUGGAGGUGGUGGAACCUGCGGAACCUGCAUUGUUGAGAUUAUUGAGGGGAGUGAUCUUUUGAAUGAAAGAACUGAUGCAGAAUUCAGGUAUCUUAAGAAGAAACCAGAAACAUGGAGACUGGCCUGUCAAACCAUUGUGGGGAACAAAGAAAACUCGGGCAAGGUUGUGGUUCAGAGGCUUCCUCAAUGGAAGAAAUGAAACUCAGAAGCUGAGAGUCCAUACACGAUAUGGGGUUGAACACUUAAAGCUAGACCCUUAAUCAGCAACCCUGAACAUGAUAAGCAAAGUUUGCUGGUGCUUUUGGAUGAGUGGCUGCUGGCUGCUGGCUGCUGCUGCUUCAGUUUGAGUUUUAGGUUGGAUCCAAUAACUGGUAUGCUCUGCAUUUUCGUACCGUAACCUAGUGUGGGUAUUGGGCCAGUGUUUAGAUUUGGGCCUGGUGGGCAUUAGGAUUGCUGGAUUCUUAACAGACUGUUCAAUACGCUUUAUUCUGGGGUCUGGGGUCUGGACUCAACAGGGAGGAUGGGAAAAGC